GUUGCAUGAUUAUAUGAACGAGAGAACUUCUGUCGACACAGACCCCACACACACACACACACAAACAAAACUGUGUCAAAUUGCUAAAUAAUUGUUAAACAUUGAUUAUUAUUAUUUUACUGAAUGCAUGAACAGUAAUGAUCAAAAGCAUCAUUAAUUAUUGAAACUCCUAUAUGAUCCAAUAUAUGUCAUAGUGACAAAUUGAACAUGCAAAAGAACAAAAAAAUAAUAAUCACUAGUGAAAUCAAUGUAAUAAUUGUAUUUCUUUUACAGUUUAUAUCAGAUGUUUCUGCUAUCAAAUGUCGUGUUUGUUUACCAUGUGAAGACAAAUACAAAAAAUUAUUCCAAAUUACAAAAGACGAAAUUUUAGAUAACUGUGGAGUUUGUAUUACAGCUUACUCAACUUUCCAAGGUUAUCAAAUGGAGGGUCGAGGUUGUUUACUUAAAUGCCCACCUAGAGAUGUCAUCAAUGAGCUUACUCCAGGACUUGUUAACAAGUAUAACUGUUGUUAUUAUGAUUUAUGCAAUAGAACAAACAAAUUAUUUGUACAGUACAAAUUAAUUAUUCUCAUUUCAUGUUUACUCAAUUCAUUAUUUAUUGCUGUGAGUAGAUUUAGUGUUUGUUAAAUGUAAAUACAUGUCAGCAUUUCACCAAGACAUAUUCUUAUCAUAUAUUUACGAGUGUUGUUUAAUGCCAUUACCAAAUUUCUGUGACUUAACCCGGUUAAAUAUCACGUGAUUUAUUCGUCAACCAGAGUAUGAUUUAUAAAAUCUUAGCACUGUGCAAAACCAAUGAUGUGUCGACCGGUGUGAGCAGUCUAGCGUCUUUAUUGGUCCUUUCCCUACCUAACCCUGCCAGUUGAGUUCAGAAUACCAAUAUUAGCUUCCACUGUGUGAAUCAUUCAUUUCAAUCAUACCCGGUUUAUAUACACGCCAAACGGACCGCAUCACACCAUAAAAUAGGAAAUGACAUUAAUACACGAUGAAGCCAAAAGGAGGUGUGGUUGUGGAAGACAGUAAUUAGCAAACUGAGUAUAAUUUAAGACUAAUAAAUCGUAUCAUAAUAGUCUAUAGGUCA